CACCACCACCACAUCCCACAUUGAGUUGGAGAAAAACCCGAACUAAGCGCAAAGUAAAGCUAGCUAGUAAUUAACUACUUCGAUCAUGGGGGAUCCACGUUCAAUGCCGGCCAACCGGCCAGACUUCGCCUUCUCGGUGGAAGCCGAGGACCCAUCGGCGGCCAAGUUCGACCUGCCGGUUGACUCGGAGCACAAGGCGACGAAGUUCAAGCUCUUCUCCUUCGCCAACCCGCACAUGCGUACGUUCCACCUGUCGUGGAUCUCCUUCUUCACCUGCUUCGUCUCCACCUUCGCCGCCGCACCUCUCGUCCCCAUCAUCAGGGACAACCUCAACAUCACCAAGAGCGACAUCGGCAGCGCCGGCGUGGCCUCCGUCUCCGGCUCCAUCUUCUCCCGCCUCGUCAUGGGCGCCGUCUGCGACCUCCUGGGACCCAGGUACGGUUGCGCCUUCCUCGUCAUGCUCUCCGCCCCGACCGUCUUCUGCAUGUCCUUCGUCUCCGACGCCUCGGGCUACGUGGCGGUACGGUUCAUGAUCGGAUUCUCCCUCGCCACCUUCGUCUCCUGCCAGUACUGGAUGAGCACCAUGUUCAACAGCAGCAUCAUCGGCCUCGUCAACGGCACCGCCGCCGGCUGGGGGAACAUGGGUGGGGGCGCGACGCAGCUGAUCAUGCCCUUAGUCUACGAGAUCAUCCGACGUGGCGGGGCCUCACCCUUCACGGCCUGGAGGAUCGCGUUCUUCAUCCCCGGCUGGCUCCACGUCAUCAUGGGGAUCAUGGUGCUGACUCUGGGACAGGACCUGCCAGAUGGCAACCUCGGGGCCCUACAGAAGAAGGGUGACGUGGCGAAGGACAAGUUCUCGAAAGUCCUCUGGGGCGCGCUCUCCAACUACCGGACGUGGAUCUUCGCCCUUUUGUACGGUUACUCCAUGGGUGUCGAGCUGUCCACCGACAACGUCGUGGCGGAGUACUUCUACGAUAGGUUCGACCUCAAGCUCCACACCGCCGGGAUUAUCGCCGCGACUUUCGGGAUGGCGAACCUCGUGGCGAGGCCGUUUGGAGGGUACGCGUCCGACGUGGCGGCGAAGUACUUUGGGAUGAGGGGAAGGCUGUGGACGUUGUGGACGCUGCAAACCCUAGGCGGUGUUUUCUGCAUUUGGUUGGGAAAAGCGAGUACGCUACCUCUAGCGAUCUUGUCGAUGAUUUUGUUCUCCGUCGGAGCUCAGGCGGCGUGUGGGGCCACGUUCGGGAUCAUUCCCUUCGUGUCUCGGCGGUCGUUGGGGAUCAUAUCGGGUCUGGCCGGUGCGGGUGGGAACUUCGGGUCGGGUUUGACCCAGCUGGUGUUCUUCUCGACGAACCGAUACUCGACGGAGACGGGGCUGUUUCUGAUGGGGAUUAUGAUCGUGUGCUGCACGCUUCCGGUGACUUUGGUGCACUUCCCGCAGUGGGGAGGGAUGUUCUUCCCGGCGUCGAGCGAUCCGGUGAAGUCGACGGAGGAGUAUUACUACGAGAUGGAGUGGAGCGAGGAGGAGAAGCAGAAGGGAUUGCACCACAACAGUCUCAAGUUCGCCGCCAACUGUCGGUCGGAGCGUGGGCCCCGCCGUGGGAGUAAUGUUGCCUCCGUUGCCACUCCGCCCACUGCGACGCCGAAUCAUGUCUAGUAAUGAAUUGGAUGGUGGCUAAGGGUGAGAAUACCUAAGAGUGGCGAGGUGGCUUUUUUUCUCUAUAAUAAUCAAGUCUGGAAAAAAAGAAAAACAGUUAAUUUAUAUUAUUUAUGUGGAAUUCAUCGUGGAAGAUGAAUUUUUACUUAAAUAAUGCGAAUGACUAACCCAAAAGGAAAGAGUGUGAGAGGCUCGAGAUAUCCACAAAUUACUUAGAUGCACCUUAUGUAAGGAAGAGAUGAUAUUAUACUUUGUGUGAGUGUGUUUUACAUAUAUACAAUUGUUUUUCCAGCAAAACAAGAUACAGCACUUCUGGGUUAUUAUAUUGAGUUUCUCUGUGAUUGAAGGUUUAUUAUAUUGAGUUUGAAAAGUUUUGGACGGAAAAAUUCUCUAACUCAGAUUGCCACAAGUGACAUAAAAGUAAGUCCAUUCCAUUUAGUAAUCCGGAAAUUGUGUUGAUAUAGUCAUGAAAUGCUAUAAUCAUGGAAGUCCUAUAUUCAUGUAGAAAUUCACUAUAUCGCAAUUGCAAAACGAAGGGGAGUUGAAGAUGGUGGGUGGAGAUCAGGAUGAGACAUCGGAGGGAUUCAGGAGGGUAAUCACUAUCUUCUCGAUCUCAAGCAUUGAAAUUCCUUUCUCUCUUGUCAAUCUCAAAUUUCCAAUUUUCUCUCUCGCUCUCCUAGGCCGAUUGUUGUAUGUAGGAGCCUUCAGUAUACAAAAUCUGAAACUCUUUAAAGCUCGACUCAAUCGUGCCCACCACUUAGCAAUUUCCGGAAGAUUCACUGUGGCGGCUCAUACGAAUGUGGUUCACAGAGGGCAGCUUUUGGAGUGGUUAAUACCGACUCCGAUGGAAAGAUUUGUGAUGGAAAGGCUGGAAGGAUUAUUUGUUCCUCCCCAAUUGAGGCGGAAGCUAGAGCUAUCCUUGAAGCAUGUCAAGUUGCCGCUGACGACCGAGUUCCCUCAACGAUCCAUUCUGACUCUAAAGGUUUCUGGUGGAAGCUAUUCACAAUGAUUCUGCAUGCUGGCCAUGGCGAUGUUAUGCAACCCUUGCCUCUAUCACCAAGAUUAUGCGGUGCUCAUAUUGGAUUCAUAUCCCUUUCACUAGCCAUUAGAGUAAUAAAGAAGUCGAUUGGGUUGCUCGUAAUUCUAGAAUGAAUCCCCCUACACCUGGAUUGACUCAUUGUACGUACUUGUUGUUAUUUCUGACAUGCCGUAACUUUCCUGCUUCAGUUGGGUUUGAAUGAAAAAGUAUUGUUAUUAAAAAAAAAAAGAGUUCAAAUUUUUGAAAACUUGAGAUUGGAGAAGAGAGUUUCGGAUGGAGAGAGUGAGUUUGCAAAGCUUGUGUGAGAAUGAUUUCGGCUUUCCUAAAAUUCCCGCAUAUUAUGUAGAAAUUCACUAUAACUAUAUAGCUUCAAAAUUACGGGGAAGGUGAAGAUGGUGAGUGGAGAUGAGGAUGAGACAUCGGAGGGAUUCAUGAGGGGAGGAACGAGAACUUAUUUUGGAGAACCGAAAUCACUAUAUUCUCGUUCUCAAGCAUCAAAAUCUCAACCUCCCUCUUCUCUCAAUCUCAAAUUUCCAAUCUUCGCUCUCGCUCUCUCUAGUCCGAUUGUUGUCUGCGUAGAAACGUAACCUUCAGUCCAAAAUCCAAAAUGCUUUAAAGAUCGUCUCGAGCUUGAGCUUAGGUAUCUUUUAUCGAGCUGUCCAAGGCUUGUUGUUUGAGAUUGUCCUCGGUUGCCACAGUCCCGCCCACCACGUACAUGUGAAUCUAAUGUGGUUUCUGUUGAUAUUUCAUCUUCAUCUAAUCACACAAAUUCAAAUAAAAAAGUUCCCCACUAAUUAAAUGACAGAAGAAUUAGUCAACUUACAAUGUACAAACCCACUAAUAAUGCAGUUCCAAGAAGUAAACGGGAUUACCAUAUUUAGAUAAGAUGAUCCACCUACUAUGCCUUCAAUAAUGGUGCAAAUCAAAUAGUAAUCUUUAG